UGCCCCGCCUGGCUGCCGAACCCGCGAGCCGGGCACCGCCUGGUCCUCUGCACACAGAGGCGGCCCGCCCUCCGCGCCCGGACGCGCAGAGGGUGUGCGUGGAGCCAGGAGGGCGGCGGAGAGUCCCGGGAUCAGCUCAGAGUCUGAAACUGCUGGAGAGAAGGAAAGGCAUUUUCCCUCCGGGUCGGAAAACAUCAAGGAAGCCUUUUCUUUUCUGGCCAUGUCUUCUGUAGGAACGGCAGAGCCAGACACAGACCAGAGGGACAGGCAUGUCAGCAAGCUCAUUUUCUUCCUCUUUGUCUUCGGCGCAGUCCUGUUGUGUGUGGGGAUCCUGCUCUCCAUCUUUGGGUACCAGGCAUGUCAAUAUAAGCCCCUUUCACACUGCAGCAUGGUGCUAAAGAUUGCCGGGCCUUCGUGUGCUGUGAUGGGGCUUGGGGCUGUGAUUCUGGCCAGAUCCCGGGCACGACUGCAUCUGCGGCAGGGGCAGCGGCGAGGCCACCAGGAUCCUGACCAAUCCUUCUUCUGCGGAGAGAGCCGCCAGUUUGCCCAGUGCCUCAUCUUUGGGUUUUUGUUUCUGACCAGUGGCAUGCUUAUCAGCAUCCUGGGCAUUUGGGUGCCUGGAUGUGGCUCAGACUGGGCACAGGAGCUGCUGAAUGAGACAGACAGUGGAGAGACAGAGCCCCAGAUCUGUGGCUUCCUUUCACUGCAGAUCAUGGGCCCCUUGAUUGUGCUUGUGGGAUUAUGUUUCUUUGUGGUGGCCCACGUCAAGAAGAAAAACAACUUGAGUUCAAGCCGAGACGCCUCUGAAAUCGAAGGCGGACACAACCACAGUGCGGAGCCUGUCCACAUCACUGUAGGCGACUCGGUGAUAAUAUUCCCGCCUCCUCCACCACCUUACUUUCCGGAAUCUUCAGCAGGAACUCAAUCUCCUGGGGCUAACGGCUUGCACCGGAUUGAAAACCCACCUUCCUAUUCCAGCCUUUUUAACUAUGGCAGGACCCCAACUCCUGAGAGCCAGGGCGCAGCCUCUGAAAGAGAACGGCAACUCAUCUACACCAUUUCUGGGUGGGAUUCAUCCUCUGAGAGCUCACACACUGGUAAUCUUCCAUUGGAUCUGCCCCCUAGAUAUGAAGAGAAAGAAACUGCCCCAGCCACACCCUCGGCUGCACCUUCUGAACCGUCCCCACCAUGAACUAUGGACUCAAAC